AUGCGCUUCGCAAAGUACACUUCUCUCUUCGCUCUCCCGCUCCUUGCGGUCGCCACGCCCUGGGCUAACCCCACGAAGACUGUCACUGUGACUGCAGUUCCGACGACAACCCAGCCUGCGAGCCAAUGCUACACCGGUCAUAUUCAGUGCUGCAACUCUGUUCAAUCCGCUAGUGACCCCGCUGUUACGACGCUCCUCGGCCUCUUGGGCAUUGUUCUUUCGGACCUUGACGUCCUUGUUGGUCUUACUUGCACUCCAAUCAGCGUCAUUGGUGCUGGAGGCAAUAGCUGCUCUGCUCAGCCUGUCUGCUGCCAGAACAACAACUUCAAUGGCUUGAUCGCGAUUGGUUGCACUCCGAUCAACCUCGGCCUCUAA